AUGAAUAACGAAAAAGAUACCAAUGAAGCUCUCGAUCAGGAAAGGAGAGGCUUUUUGAAAAGGGCCAUCAGUAAAGUAUCUAAAGGCGUAUCGCUGCGACGUGGAUCGCCAGAGACUUCGUCGGAACUCGAGCAGGGUGAUGGGGUUGGUUCAACUCCAUGCCCUUCAGAAGAACAACAUGAAGGGGAUCUUCAGAUUUCCAACGUUACGUAUAAUCCUUCAGAGACAGAUGAUGCGUCACUGCUUUUUUCGAAGCCUCCAGCACCUCAAUCUAAUCUUAUGACCAUAGUAGUUGGGGUGUUUGUUGCUGUUGGAGGGUUUCUGUUCGGCUACGACACAGGUUUAAUUAAUAGCAUUAUCGACAUGAAUUACGUGAAAGAAAAUUGGGCAGAUAACCCCGAAGGAUUUACAGCGAAAGAAAUGUCUAUUAUUGUGUCUUUCCUGUCGUUAGGCACCUUUAUUGGCGCUCUGUCAGCACCAUUACUUUCAGAUUCAUACGGAAGAAAAAUGACCAUUAUCUUCAGCACAAUGUUUGUAUUUUCGAUUGGAAACUCGUUGCAGGUGGCAGCUCGUAGUGUAGAACUAUUGAUUGCCGGAAGGGUGAUAUCAGGGCUCGGAAUUGGACUAAUCUCAGCCGUGGUUCCUCUAUACCAAGGCGAAGCAGCGAAUAAGUAUCUGAGAGGUGCUAUCAUCUCUACAUACCAAUGGGCAAUCACUUGGGGACUGCUAGUGUCGAGUGCUGUUUCUCAAGGGACGCAUUCGAGGAAUAACGCUUCAUCGUAUAGAAUUCCGAUCGGCUUACAGUACGUCUGGGCGUUCGUGUUGGCAAUCGGCAUGCUUUUUCUGCCCGAGAGUCCUCGGUACUACGUUUUGAAGGAUCAACUGGAUAAGGCAGCUCAAUCAUUGUCUUUUCUAAGGGGAGUGCCGAUCACGGACGCUGGCCUCCUGGAGGAACUAGUCGAAAUUAAAGCGACAUAUGAUUAUGAAGCAUCUUUUGGCUCUUCAACUUUAUUGGAUUGCUUCAGAUCCAGCCGCAGAAGGCCGAAGCAAACGUUGCGGAUGCUGUCAGGGAUCGCCAUUCAGGCAUGUCAACAGUUUUCAGGCAUUAAUUUCAUCUUUUAUUAUGGAGUCAACUUUUUCAACAGGACGGGAGUUACGAAUAGUUAUCUGGUUUCAUUUAUCACGUACGCGGUCAAUGUGGCAUUCAACAUCCCGGGCCUAUUCCUUGUCGAGUAUAUUGGUAGGCGCAACGUUUUAUUGUACGGGGGGGUUCUCAUGACAACUUCCAAUUUCAUAAUCGCGAUCGUUGGUUGCUCGACUAACUCUGUCGUUGCAAAUAAGGUGAUGAUAGCUUUUAUUUGCAUGUUUAUUGCAUCAUUUUCGGCUACCUGGGGUGGUGUUGUAUGGGUAAUAUCUGCCGAACUCUAUCCACUGGGAGUAAGGUCAAAGUGUACCGCCAUUUGCGCCGCAUCAAAUUGGCUGGUGAACUUUAUUUGUGCCUUGAUUACUCCCUACAUCGUAGAUCCCGGCUCCCAUACCUCUUCAAUGGGACCUAAAAUUUUCUUCAUCUGGGGCAGCCUAAAUGCGCUGGGCGUGGUAGUGGUUUACUUCACAAUUUAUGAAACACGAGGCUUAACUUUGGAGGAAAUUGACGAGCUUUACAGCAAGUCCCCUAACAGCAUGCAAUCCGCUAAGUGGAACAAAAGAAUCAGAAAAAGAACGAUCAAUGAGUUCUUGGAUGAGACGCCAGAGGGAGAAAGUCAUUCAGAAGCCUCAAAUUCUGCCGUUACCAACAAUCAAAGUCAAGCAAGCACGGCUCAUGAUGCACCCGCUUAUGUCUCCAGAUAUACUUCUUUGCCCGAAGAUUUGGGCACGGCAAACGACUUAGCGGUCAAGAAGACAAUGAACAAUAACGAAAAACAGCAUAACACAUCUUCCGAGACAGAGUACGAUGAUUUAGCCAAUGCCUACGUCGAUCUAGGAAACGGUUUGGGAAUUAACACAUAUACCAGAGGUCCCCCUUCGAUCGCAAGUGAUUCGAGUGGUGAAAUCGAAUAUGCGGAGGGCGGGUCCUUCUCGCAAAGACGAACACAAGGCUCCGCCAACAUGGCCAGCGUCAAUGAGUAUAUGGCUCAUUUAAUGGAAAGUCGAUCCGAAUCUAGCAAUACCAGGCCCACGGAAUCACCGACGAACUGA